AUGCCUAUCGGAGAAGACAAGAAGUCUGGAGUCGCCGGAGGAGUGACUGCAGUCACCUCGACCAUCGGCAAUGGUGUCGGUGGUCUCUUGGGCACUGUUGGUAGUGUCACUGGUGCUGCAACUCGAGGAAUCGGCAACACAGUGACUGGAGUCACAGGCAAUACUGGAAAGCCACUCGGUGAUGCCUUGGCCUCGCUCGGAAACGGUGUCGAGGAUGGAACCAACAAUAUCGCUCGUGGUGUCGAGGCUGCUGGGCAGGGAAAGAAGGCUUGGUGA